AUGAGCUGGGUUGCGGGCGGCCUGCGGGCCAGCCAGAGAGUGAGCGUGGCAGGAGUGACUUUCCCACGGCCGGGGGUGGCUCUGCGUCCCCGUCUGGCAGCCCAGGGCCCUCUCAGGGACGCCUGGCUCUUCACUCCCGUGUCCGAGAUGGCGACUGUGAAGAGUGAACUUGUGAAGAGUUUCGCUCCAGAGAAGGCCGCUCAUCACAGUAAGAUCUCCAUCGUAGGAGCUGGGGCAGUCGGCAUGGCCUGUGCUGUCAGCAUCUUGUUAAAAGGCUUGAGUGAUGAACUUGCCCUUGUAGAUGCUGAUGAAGACAAACUGAAGGGGGAGACCAUGGAUCUGCAGCAUGGCAGCCCUUUCGUGAAAAUGCCAAAUAUCGUUUGCAGCAGAGACUACCUUGUCACUGCCAACUCCAACCUGGUGAUUAUCACAGCCGGUGCACGCCAAGAAAAAGGAGAAACACGACUUAAUUUACUCCAGCGAAAUGUGGCCAUCUUUAAAUUAGUGAUUUCCAGUAUCAUCCAAUACAGCCCCUGCUGCAAACUGAUUGUUGUUUCCAAUCCAGUGGAUAUCUUAACUUACGUAGCCUGGAAGUUGAGUGCGUUUACCAAAAACCGUGUUAUUGGAAGUGGCUGUAAUCUGGAUACUGCUCGUUUCCGUUUCUUGAUUGGGCAGAAGCUUGGUAUCCACUCUGAAAGCUGUCAUGGGUGGAUCCUCGGAGAGCAUGGAGACUCAAGUGUUCCUGUGUGGAGUGGAGUGAACAUCGCUGGUGUCUCUUUGAAGGAUCUGAACUCAGCUAUAGGAACUGAUAAAGAUCCUGAGCAGUGGAAAAAUGUCCACAAAGAAGUGAUUGCCAGUGCCUAUGAGAUUAUUAAAAUGAAAGGUUAUACUUCUUGGGCGAUUGGCCUAUCUGUAGCUGAUUUAACAGAAAGUAUUUUGAAGAAUCUUAGGAGAGUGCAUCCAGUUUCUACCAUAAUCAAGGGCCUGUAUGGAAUAGAUAAAGACGUAUUCCUCAGUGUUCCUUGUAUCCUGGGAGAGAAUGGUAUUACAGACCUUAUAAAGAUAAAACUGACCCCCGAAGAGGAGGCCCGUUUGAAAAAGAGUGCGAAAACACUUUGGGAAAUUCAGAAGGAGCUCAAGCUUUGA